CAGACCAAAAGGCUUGUGCACUCGUCUCUCAUCUCGUCCUCCUCGUGCUCCUCCGCCAAAACCCCAAUCCAAUCGGGCUCCGACUCCGACUCCGACCACCGCGCCGGCAUGGAGGCGGUCAUCGCGGAGUGCCGCCCCAAGCCUCUCUUCACCACCGGGCCCUUCCUCUCCGCCGUCGGCGGCGGCGGCGGCGGCGUCGACCGCAUCUCCGGGCUCCCCGACGACCUCCUCUUUGUCAUCCUCUCCAAGCUCCCCGUCAGGGAUGCCGUGGCGACGUCCGCCCUCUCCCCCCGCUGGAAGAGCCUCUGGUCCAGCGUCCCGCUCCGCCUCGACGACGCCGGCCUCCUCCACCGCCGCGACGGCACGCGCCUCGGCCGGGAAGGCGUCGCCGCCACCGUCUCCGCCGUCCUCGCCGCCCACCCAGGCCCCGUGCCCGCGGCCUCCGUUGGGUGCUGCCUCUCCUCCGACGACCAGGGCUACCAGCUGGGAGGCUGGCUCCGAGCCCUCGCCGCCAAGGGCGUUCGGCAACUGUGCCUGAUGGGCGCGCCAUGGUCGCCGCGCGCUGCUCUCCCCUCCGCUGUGUUCUCCUGCUCAUCCCUGCGGCGCCUCUUCCUUGGUUCCGUGCAAUGCAACUGGGACCUCAUACCAGACCAUGCCUGCUUCCCUGAGCUACGAGAGAUCCAGAUAUGCAACGCCCUAAUGAAGAGCCAGGAUCUGUCCCUUGUUUUGGCUGUCUGCCCAGCGCUUGAGACAGUGGAGAUUCUUGCGAGCCGUAACAAAAUCCCCACCGUGCGAAUGAGUAGCCAUACUAUCCGCAAUACUUUGCUAUGGAAGUCGGUGGCCAAGGAAGUGAACGUUUUGGACACCCCUUGCCUCAGCAGGGUUGUUUUGUGGCAGGAUCUUCUGCUGCCCCACUCAAGAUAUAAUUCUAAGGUCACAAUCAGCCGUGCCACCAAAAUGCGCAUUUCCGGUUACCUGGACACCGGCAUCAACACUUUGGUGAUCAACGAAACCACAGUUAAGGUAAACACAAAUAUAAGCUUCAAGACACUUAUCCCCAGCGUGAAGGUUUUGGGUCUCUCUGUUCAUUUCGGAGUACGAAAGGAGGCUUUGAUGUCCAUCAGCUUCCUUAGGUGUUUUCCAGAGGUUGAGACACUACAUAUAACUAGCAAAACGGACAAGGCUUCAGAAGCCGAACAAUUCAGUUUCUGGGGAAAGGUUGAUCCUGUUGAGUGUGUGACCUCUCAUCUCAAGAAGUUAGUGUUCCAUGGGAUGCCAUGGUGUCCUGGAAACCUUGAGUUUCUCAAAUUCAUCGUGGAAGGGGCAUACUUGCUAGAGAAGGUGUUGAUUGUUCUUCCUAAAGGAACUUACACUAGCAUGCAUAGCGUUAUCACCAAACUCAAGUUAGCACCUUUGACCUCUGCAAGUUGGGCUAGUCACAUCUGUAAAAUGGAGGUUGUCCAAUCCAGUCAAGGAACUUUGAGCUACCAAAGGGCAUCUGAUCAUUCCGUCGAUGAUCCUUUAGAUUAUUCCCUGUAGGCUGUUCUAUCUGUUUGUUGUGAUUAUAACAUAUUGUCGAUAUGGUUAUCCUUUAGGUCCUUCAUGUCUGUAUGCCAUUUUCAUGUGUUUUGGCUUGUUAUCUAGAGAAAAAUGUAUGGUUUGUUGGAUAUGCUUAGUACUAUACUUGAUGGGGUGCAAGUAAUAGAAUGCAGAGCAUCCGAUGUGUCAGUAGUUCCUCUCCAUUACUUCUUGUGGCAAGACAGCAAGAUACUCUACUCUCGAUUUUGUUGCC